UCUCGUGGUGCUACCUGGCGAGCGAAAGGAGCAGGAAGGAGUGUUAGUAGAAUUGUAUGUAAGAGACGGGUUAUAAAAACGAUAAAAACUGUCCACGCACUGCGACCUGCGACUUUAAAUGAGUGUUGUGGGCGUUGUGGUUUAUGUUGGUAGAAAAAUGGUGGGCGGGAAGGAUAUGACUGUAUAUAUAUGUUUCAAGUGUAUGUCUAUUUUACGUAUUGAGCUUUUGUAAACCAGGAUGAAAAAGGCACAGAAGGAUAGCAAUGAACUACCAACUUGCGAGUGGUAUACAGAUAUGAAUUUAAGUUUGGUGCCGUAUUGGUUUCUGGCAUUUCUGCGUGUAGUUAUUACAUUACUUCCACAGAAUGGUUACAUUCACCCAGACGAAUAUUUUCAGUCAGUGGAAAUUGUUGCAGGUGACGUGUUUGAUAUUGACGUUACUCGUUCUUGGGAAUUCAACGCUACUUUUCCAAUUCGUAGUGUCACCUUUCCAUACUUGAUUGUUGGACUACCUUAUUCACUUUUAAAAUAUGUAGCUCCAUACUUAUCACUGUGGUUUAACAUCAGUGUCAAAACACCUUAUAUGCUGCUCAUGUUGCCUCGACUCUUCGCUUGUUUGUUAUCUUUUGUGUCAGACUAUAGUAUGUACAGGAUUUGCCGUUUGUAUAGUCAGAAUUAUCGAGCAAGGUUGUUGACUCUCGCCAGUUCAUAUGUUACUCUGGUGUAUGGGACAAGGACCUUCUCCAACACCACUGAAAUGGCACUUAAUUCUCUACUCUUGUAUGUGGUAGCCUACUGUAUGCGUCAUUCAGAUCAGGUCAUCCUUCAAGAUGAGUACCUUAGUGACAAGUACAAUGCUGCUGGGACUCCUGUCGAGAGAGUGAAAUUUUACAAGUUACGAAGUUCUCUGCCACAUCAUUCAUUAAGCUGUUGUCUUCUUGUUGCUACAGUCGCAGUUGCUGGAAUCUUCAUUCGACCCACUUUCCUUGCAUUUGCCUUUCCACCUGUCUUCUUCUGGCUGCAGCGGGGUCUUGGUUCCAAAAUAAUUGGUCUUGGUGUUUUCCAUCUUCGUAUUCUGAUAUUUACACUCUCUGCCAUCCCAGCAACAGUAAUAUUUAUAGUCAUUGACUCAUUUUAUUAUGGCUACCUGACAGUUAAUGAGAUUUGUGAGUUUAAAAUUGGUCUGGAUAAUUUUGUGGUGACUCCACUCAAUUUCUUGAAGUAUAACAUGAACACUGACAAUUUGUCCAAGCAUGGCCUUCAUCCAAGAUACCUUCAUUUCUUAGUGAAUGUCCCAUUGCUGUACAAUGUCCUUGGACUUAUGAGUCUUGGAGCUGUCCUUAGCUUAGUGUACAGAGGAGUACGACGCAAAUGGAGUGAUCUGCCACGAGUUCAGAGCAUCAUUGGAUUAAUGACAUCAUCAUUCUUCAUCCCCAUACUUGUGCUCUCCAUAUUUCCACAUCAAGAAGCCCGUUUCCUUAUUCCUGUGACUCUUCCUGUCAUUUUUCUUCACUCCCAAAGAAUUCGCCAUAUCUCCAACACUGAACAGAGGUGUCAUGAGAAAGGCACUGCAUACAAUAUCACCUUCUCACGAGGCUCCAGAAGAAGCAUGCUCCUGACACUAUGGUAUUUCAUCAAUUUAGUGCUUACUAUUUUCUUCGGCUUUCUCCAUCAAGGAGGCGUCUACUCUCUUUCUACUCAUUUGGCAGCUGAAAUGCGAUUGAAACCACGGCUCACAGCGUUGCAUUUGGUCACCAGCCAUACAUAUUCUUUACCUCUCUUCUUUUUGCAGCAAACAAACUCCAGAAGAUCACUCUUCAAUAGACAGACAGGCAAGAGAUAUCACCUUGCUCGGCAGUUUUAUUCAUAUGAAAUGGGUUCAACACCGUUGGAAGUUGUUCAUAUGAAGUUGCACACAUUACUGGAGAUAUGUGAAUUAAAGAAAAAUGAGAAACGAUUGGACUAUCGUUUGUACCUUGCUCUUCCAGCAAGUCUUAUGGAAGAAUUUUAUGUAACUGCCUCCAAUUUAACAGCGGACUUGGAUUUUUCAGUUGAAAAAGUGUUUUAUCCUCAUGUAUCUACUGAGGCCCUUCCAGAUAUAUUUCAUCUCUUAUCAGAUGAGUGUAUGAACUAUGAUACUCAAACAUACUGUGAGAGAGAGACAUUGUAUUUAUCACCACUCAAAUUUUUGUCGAGAUUUGUGCAACAAUUCGGUUUAACAUUGAUAAGAAUACGGAGAUAAAAUGAAGAUGCUUAUAAGUUCAGUGAGUAAAAAAGCAAGACCUCAUGGCAUGAGUGAGAAGUCUGUUAGGAAAUCUGGAAAGUUAAAAUCUAUUUUAUUAAUUAUAUAAGUCAUAGAUAGGCCUGAAUGGCUUAUUGAGGAUAUCAAUGUAUGUGAACACUUAUAUUUCCUAAUUCAAAUUUGAACCAGGCCUUUAAUAAAUCUUUAAUUUCUAGCUAAAUAACUCAUCGAGGCAAGUCCUUGAGAAGCCGCCAGUCACUCAGCUGCUCAAGAAUUUAGUAACAUUUUGUACAACCUGAAGGUUCUUUACCAUGUUCACGAGACCCUGCUGCUGAACCUUGUCCUGAAACAGAUUGAUCAACUCCACAUUUUAUUGUAUAACUUUCAUUUUAUAAUAAUUUUAUUGUAUGUUUAUGCCUUGCAUUAUUAUAGUGUAACAUAGUUGUCAAGUAACCAGCUCUAAUGUCACAUUGAAAUGCAGUUCAAUAGUGUGUGAGUCAAGCAACCAUGUAUUUUCCUGAUGAUGGCUUUAAAUGCUGAAACAUAUAGUUAAGGUGAUGUUGAUAAAGAUUGUUUCGUUGUUGUGUUACAAUGGAUCCCAAUAAAGAAUUUUAUAUAACACAA